AUGGCUUCGCAUAAGAAGAGCGAGGACCCCUUGGUCGACAAUGACCGACAGGAACGGGAGUGUUACAGCAGUGAUUCGACAAUGGCAUCAGAUCAAGCCUCGGAAUCUCGGUCUCCCAUGGGGUUAAUCGACGAGGAGGGAAUCGAAACCCUUAAUCGCAUCGCCACCCAAAGCUCACGUCGUCGGUCGAGCGUCUAUCCCCCCAAUCUCCCCACGAGAACCUCGACGUUGGCUACGAUUUCCGAAAAUGACCCAGCCGUUGAUCCUCAAGGGCCCUCGUUCGAUCUGAACAAGUGGCUGAAGAUGGUUCUUCGGGAGUCCGAAAGACAAGGCAGAGAAGGUCACCGAACAGGCAUCGUCUUCAAGAAUUUCACGGUAUCUGGAACCGGAGCAGCACUGCAGCUCCAGGACACAGUAUCAUCCAUGCUAUCCGCACCCCUUCGCAUCGGCGAGAUGAUGAGAAAUCGACGGUCGCCGCCGAAGCGGAUUCUGAAUGAGUUCAAUGGCUUGUUGGAGAGCGGGGAAUUGCUUCUCGUCUUGGGUCGUCCAGGAUCCGGAUGUAGUACCUUCCUCAAGUCUCUAUGUGGAGAGCUCCACGGCCUGUCUUUGAGCAAAGAGAGCGUUAUCCAUUAUGAUGGAAUCCCUCAGCAACGAAUGGUCAAGGAGUUCAAGGGUGAAGUGGUGUACAACCAAGAGGUGGACAAGCACUUUCCUCAUUUAACCGUCGGCCAGACGCUCGAAUUUGCCGCCCUGGCGAGAACGCCAGCUCAACGAAUCCGUGACAUGUCCCGCGAAGAGUUCGCUAAGCAUAUCACCCAGGUAGUCAUGGCCAUUUUUGGUUUGAGCCACACCUACAAUACUAAGGUCGGAAAUGACUUCGUCCGCGGAGUAUCGGGUGGUGAACGGAAGCGUGUCAGUAUCGCGGAGAUGGCUUUAGCUCACUCCCCCCUAGCUGCAUGGGAUAACUCCACCCGAGGCUUGGAUUCCGCAACGGCAUUGAAGUUUGUGGAGGCACUACGCUUAUUUGCCGACCUCACUGGGUCUGCACACGCAGUGGCGAUCUACCAGGCUAGUCAGAGCAUCUACGACACCUUUGACAAAGUAGUUGUCCUUUAUGAGGGACGUCAGAUCUACUAUGGCCCUGCGAAGUCUGCUAAGUCUUACUUCGAACGACAAGGAUGGGAAUGCCCUCAGCGACAGACCACUGGAGACUUUUUGACUUCGGUGACCAACCCCAGUGAACGUAAAGCACGUCCGGGCAUGGAAAACCAAGUUCCACGCACCGCCGAUGACUUUGAAGCGUACUGGCGCAAAUCCCCAGAAUACCAGAAGCUCAUGUCCCAGAUUUCCAACUAUGAGCAGGAACAUCCGCUGGAGGAGGCUGGUGCCGCCCUUGCAACAUUUCAGCAGAAGAAGCGCGAGAUACAGGCGAAACAUACUCGUCCGCAGUCGCCCUAUUUGCUUAGUGUGCCCAUGCAGAUCAAGCUCAAUACUAAGCGAGCAUACCAACGUGUGUGGAACGAUAUCUCUUCUACUGUGUCAACUGUUAUUAGUCAAAUUAUCAUGGCUCUGAUUAUCGGAUCUGUGUUCUACGGUACCCCGGAUGCAACUGCAGGCUUCACUGCCAAAGGUGCCACCUUGUUCUUCGCGGUCUUACUCAACGCUCUUAUUGCAAUGUCGGAAAUCAACAGUCUUUACUCGCAGCGUCCAAUUGUGGAAAAACAUAACUCAUAUGCCUUCUAUCAUCCAGCCACCGAGGCUAUUGCUGGCGUGGUUAGCGAUAUACCGGUCAAGUUCGUCAUAGCAGUCGUGUUCAACCUUAUCCUCUACUUCAUGGCGGGGCUUCACAGAACGGCAGGGCAAUUCUUCCUCUACCUGCUGGUCACAUUCAUCGUGAUGUUCGUGAUGAGUGCAGUCUUCCGUACGAUGGCGGCUAUCACCCAAACAGUCUCACAAGCAAUGGGGUUGGCAGGUAUAUUGAUCUUGGCUCUGAUUGUCUACACGGGAUUUGUGCUUCCUGUUCCUUCGAUGCAUCCUUGGUUCGAAUGGAUUCAUUAUCUCAACCCUAUCUUUUAUGCAUUCGAGAUCCUAAUUGCCAACGAAUUUCACGGACAUGACUUUAUAUGCUCGCAAUUUAUCCCGGCCUACCCUAGCUUGAGUGGUAACUCGUUUGUAUGUUCGUCUCCUGGCUCUAAAGCUGGACAGCGUGCUAUAAGCGGUGAUGAUUAUAUACAGGUGAACUACCAGUAUAGCUUCUCGCACGUAUGGCGCAACUUCGGCAUCUUGAUUGCCUUCCUUGUCGGGUUCAUGGUGAUUUACUUUAUUGCCACUGAGUUGAAUUCGUCUACCAGCAGCACUGCCGAAGUUUUGGUCUUCCGUCGUGGACAUGAGCCAGCAUAUUUGCGCACCGAUUCAAAGAAGCCCGAUGCUGAGAACGCAGUGGAACUCAGUGCGAUGAAACCAACUACGGAGUCGGGUGAAGGGGAUCUGUCUAUCAUACCACCACAGAAGGACAUCUUCACUUGGAGAGACGUUUGCUAUGAUAUCGAGAUCAAGGGUGAACCCCGACGGCUAUUGGAUCAUGUUUCUGGAUGGGUCAAGCCAGGCACGCUGACUGCUCUCAUGGGUGUCAGUGGUGCAGGUAAAACCACUUUGCUGGAUGUCUUGGCGCACCGAACUUCCAUGGGUGUUAUUACAGGUGACAUGUUCGUGAAUGGCCGGGACCUCGACCAAAGCUUCCAGAGAAGCACCGGCUAUGUUCAGCAGCAGGAUCUGCAUCUUGAAACUGCUACUGUCCGCGAGUCGCUCCGAUUCAGCGCUCUCCUUCGUCAACCCCCUAAUGUUUCCAUCCAGGAAAAGUAUGACUAUGUGGAGGACGUGAUCCGCAUGUUGAAGAUGGAAGAUUUCGCCGAAGCAGUCGUCGGUGUUCCCGGCCAAGGAUUGAACGUUGAGCAACGCAAAUUGUUGACCAUCGGUGUUGAACUGGCUGCGAAGCCUAAGCUCUUGCUCUUCUUGGACGAACCCACUAGCGGUCUUGAUUCCCAGAGUUCUUGGGCUAUUUGCGCAUUCCUCCGCAGGCUUGCCGACAGCGGGCAAGCGGUUCUCUGUACCAUUCAUCAGCCUAGCGCAAUUCUUUUCCAGCAGUUCGAUCAGCUCCUCUUCCUUGCACGUGGUGGAAAGACGGUCUACUUUGGUCCCAUUGGAGAGAACUCUAAUACCCUCCUUAACUACUUCGAAUCAAACGGGGCACGUAAAUGUGCCGAUGACGAAACCCGGCCGAGUGGAUGCUGGAGAUUCAGCGAGUGUCAAGGCGUUCAGACCGAGAUCGAUCGGAUCCACACGGAACAGCAGGCGAAGACGCAAGCCAGUACCGGAGACAGCGAAGCCGGGAGCACGUCAGAAUUUGCCAUGCCAUUCUGGUUCCAGUUGUACCAGGUUACCUAUCGUGUGUUCCAGCAGUACUGGCGUAUGCCGGAAUACAUCGCGUCGAAAUGGAUGCUGGGAAUCCUCUCCGGUCUCUUCAUUGGUUUCUCAUUCUUCCAGGCGAAGUCUUCCCUCCAGGGGAUGCAGACCAUCAUCUACUCGUUGUUUAUGCUGUGCUCCAUUUUCUCUUCUCUGGUUCAACAGGUCAUGCCAUUGUUCGUGACCCAGCGAUCCCUGUAUGAAGUCCGCGAAAGACCCAGCAAAACAUACUCAUGGAAAGCCUUCUUGAUCGCCAACAUCAUCGUCGAGAUCCCGUACCAAAUCAUGAUGGGCAUCUUAACAUACGCCUGUUACUACUACGCAGUUGUCGGAGUCCAAGACUCCGAAAGACAGGGUCUCGUCCUCCUGUUAUGUAUUCAAUUCUUCAUCUAUGCCAGCACUUUCGCCCACAUGGCCAUUGCCGCCAUGCCCGACACCGAAACAGCUAGUGCUGUGGUGGUUCUUCUAUUCGCCAUGUCCCUCACGUUCUGCGGUGUCAUGCAAACCCCAACCGCACUGCCCGGAUUCUGGAUCUUCAUGUACCGCGUUUCCCCCUUCACCUACUGGGUCUCAGCCAUGGCCUCCACCCAGCUCCACGAUCGUGUCGUCCAGUGCUCCCCAGCGGAAAUGUCUAUCUUCGACCCUCCAUCGGGCCAGACCUGUGGCGAAUACAUGUCUUCAUUCAUGAGCAUGGCCGGCGGACAGUUGUCGAACCCCAACGCCACCUCGGACUGCAACUACUGCUCGGUCUCUGUGGCAGACGAUUUCCUGUCAAGUGUCAACAUCUAUUGGAGUGAGCGCUGGCGCAACUUCGGCCUCAUGUGGGUUUAUAUCGUGUUUAACAUCUUCCUGGCGACUAUGCUCUACUACACGUUCCGUGUUAAGAAGUGGAACCUCAGCGGCUUGAAGGAGCGCUUCUCUAAGAAGAAGUGA